GGCUCUCCUGCGCUGGAAAUCUGUUCUACAACAACUUCCGCUUCUUCCCCGUCGCUAGGCGAGUCUAGAAACGUUAUUUAAAGGUUUAGGAAGGUUUCCGGGAACGUUUCAACCGGUCACAGUUUGGAAAAACUUCAAUGGAGCACGAUAAUGGAGACACUCGCGACUGGCCGGUGCAGCGACGUGUGGAAGGGUUUGUGAACAAACAUAUGGCGGACAUUGCUCUGGAGAGCCUCCAGCAGAGGCUGUCUGCUGUGUCCGACGAGAUGCACAGUCUGGCGGAACAUGUCUCCAGACGCUCCGGGGAAGAGUUCAAAGACGAGUCACGGCGAGCGGAGGUGAGCUUCGGUGAGGAGCCGCCGCUCUCCUCCGCCUGCAGCUCCGCAGCCCCGUCCACAGAUACUGCUGCCCAGCGGAAGAUCAUCGCCCUGCUGGUGGAGAUCAAAGAGGAGCAGCAGAGGCAGUGGGCGGUGCUGAGGGACCUUCAGGCCAGACUGCAGGCUCAGGCCGGCUACGAGGAGGAUGACGUGGAGGCUCUGGACAUGGAUCUCCCCCUGAGGACCCUCGAGCAGCUGGACGAGAUGGAGAGACACCUGGAGGAAACAGGAGUACAGAAGAGAAUGGUGUCCUACCUGUCACGGAUGGGCGGGGCCACGGUCGACGACGCAGUGAGGCGUCUGAUGCAGGCCGUGCUUUCGUUCGCUGUUGGCUCUGAGCUCAACUGGGUGGGCCGCGGACAGAAGAGGAGCUUCAGGAACACCCGUCUUCAAGGGGUCCUCUUCCGCGCUCUGAAACGAACACCGGUGGGGAAGGAGGCCACUCAUCACCAGUACGCUGACGUGGUGAAGAAGUGGCUGCGCUUCGCUCCGUUCAGACAGGGAGGGAGCGGCCGUCGCUGCUGCAGACCUCCUGUGGACUUCCCAGACUCUGAGGACACUGACAGUUUUAACCAAAGCUGCACACACUGACAUUAAUUACCCCGAGACACCUGGCUCUGCCCACAUUGUGGACAACCAACACACACACUGUCCACAACACUGGGUGGCAGCAUCUGUGCGUCUGCUGGGAGAUCUCUCUUCAGUUGCACCGCCACUGAAAUAUGAACAACUCCCUUAACAGCCGCUAACACGACAGAAAUGAAGUCAGCUGAACACACUUCAAUAGACACACAGCAUUAAAAGACAAUCACAGCGACUCAUUUCACAUCUGCUGGACCCUGUUUCUGACACACACACACACACACACACACACACACACACACACACACCACACCCAUCAGCUCCGCCUGCUGCCACUGAUCCCAGUUCUUAUUAUUAUCAUCAUCAUUGUUGUUCUUUUUGAUAUUAAUAAUGAUGAUGAUGAUUGAUUAUUAUUAUUACUAUUUAUAUAAACAAUAUGUGUAUUAUUAUUAUCCCACACUCACAAUACAAAACAAAUGAGUCAUAUUUCUCCUGUGCAUUACAUCACCACCUUUACUACAUUUAUCAUGACCUUGCUUUUUGUGUUUUCAUUAAUGUACCACAUUAAGUUCUGCACGUUGUCUUUGUGUAUUUUUUUUCUUGUUUAUCAUUGUUGUAUCUGUACAGUCAUGUUGUUGAGCUUUUGUUUUUGCACAAUAAAAAAACCUGACUGUAUGAAAA